AAGAACAAUUUCCUCUUUUGAAUUUGUAUUGGUUAUUGAGAUGUUUAUUAACAUCAUUGAAUUCACAAUAUGACCAAUUUAACUAGACAGUAUCACAUACUAACCUCAGGUAGUCUUUAAUUCGCGUUGGAGACGGGACUUGGUUGAUUUAUGUUAUCUAGGUAAUGCUUGCUAGCUGCUAACAAUAAUGGCUAACCUUAAUUGUAUGGUUUUUCACACUCAAAUAGCCUCCGUCAUGGAGGUGCUAGCGAAUGCAGCAGUGGCAGAGAUCUGUAAACUCGUAGACGACGACUAUGCAGUGUUUCGUUUGGAAAUAACUCAAAGCCAGAAAGAAAACAGGGGAUUGCGGAGGAAACUACAGCUACUGGAACUGAAGGUGGCACGGGAGCGCGCAGAGAGGACAAUACGAGAGCGUGUCCUCGCCAGUCGUCCCAGUAGUGUCAAAGUCGUCGACCGAUACAGAAUAGCAAGAGGUGAAGGACAUCUCACUGAAGGCUACAGAAGCAUUGUGAAGCCAGCGGGACAUAAUACAUGGAGAGAUGACCAACCAAUCACUGUUGAUGAGGGGAAUGGAACCUCAACCCAGCACGUUAUCGUGAUAGAGUCUGCAGACGCAGAGGAUGCAGGUCCUGGGGUCAAGCAGGAGAGGACUGGAGGAGAGGAGGACCCACGACACAGCAGAGACAUCCAGACUGGAGCAGCGUCUGGAGUGGCGCCCCCUGUAGCUACAGAGGACCUAUCCACCGCCAUGGCGCCCCAGGCCAAGACACGGCACAGCACCACGGAGGAGGAGGAGGGUCCAGAGGUGCUGCUGGUGAAGGAGGAGGGGUAUGAGGAGGGUCUGGGGAACCCUGAGGGGAACAUGGUCAUGGAGGACAACCAGACUACACCUCCUCCUGAACCGGCAGAGGAACCAGCUGAGCAGCACAGGACCACACACAGCCUCACUGAGUCAGUAGACAUGGAGGAUGGGAAGUCUGAUCUGCUACUAGUCAAAGAGGAGACUAUAGAAGACGGACCAGAGAGCAUUGACCUGCUGAGUGGACUAAAGAUGGGGGAGCAAGAUGGUUGGCUGGAGGCUAACAGAAGAGACUGGGCGGCCAUCUUGGAAUCCCAGACCCAGAUGGGUGCAGCCAAGGGCCCGGGGGACAACAUCACUGAGCAGGCCAGGACCAGAGGAGAAAUAGUGGAGGUCAGUGGAUGGGACAGCAUCUUCAACUCUGGGCUGGGGAACAACACUGUUAACUUCAACCAGAAACAGACAGUUGAACACAAAACAACAACCGAACUUAGUCUCCAUGACAACAGACUGGCUGAGACCAGAGCAGGGCGUAGAUUUGGUCUGCAGGGAUGGGGAUGUGUCGGUUCGCGGCGGGAGAGAAUAGACACAGACUCGGCUAGUGAUGCUCCGUCCUGCUCCUAUAGUUGUGAUUCAGAGAGACUGAUGGCACCUCAGGUUAACCCCCUAAAAGGUGCUGCCUUCAGCAUACCUUCUAUAGGAUCUAUCAACUGGAACAUGGACCCUGCGACAUCACAGACCCUCCCUGGCCUUCGUCCUCCUCACACUCUCCUUAUGUUAAACCAGACCUCAGACAAUGCCAGUGCCUCAACACUAAAUGGCUACACAAGCCCAUUGACAAAUGACAGCAGUAGUAACGCUAUCAAUAGAUCUGGUGGCAAAGAGAAGCGCUUCCCGUGUUCAUUCUGUGGGAAAGCCUUCAGUUUCCCCAAACAGGUGAAGAUCCACCAGAGGAUGCACACAGGGGAGAAACCUUUCAGCUGCCACCUGUGCAGGGCCAGUUUUUCAGACUCAUCCAACCUGAAGAGGCACCAGAGGGUCCACACAGGGGAGAAACCAUACAACUGCCCUCAGUGUGAGAAGAGGUUCUCCCACCAGCACCAGCUGAAGAGACACCUGAUGGUCCACACAGGAGAGAGGCCGUUCUCCUGUAUGCACUGCGGGAAGAGAUUCUCAGAGAGGAGCUGCCUCAGAAUACACCAACAGAAAAUGCACACAACCCAUGUAAUGUAGUAUUAGCUAGUUUGUAGUUUAUUUGGUUGGUUUUCGAUGUAGUACAGAACUGGAUGAGGUAAAAUGAGGAUGAUGAAAAUGAGUGUGAUGAGGAAGAGUAGAUUAUAUGGUGAUAGUUGGUGUGAUGGUGUCUGUAAAAAUGCUUCCCUGAUGAAAAGUGACAGCCUUGUCCCGUUAGAUGCCAGUGUUUUAUAAUGAGGCACUGAUAUUGCCUUAAUUCAUGUUUAUUAAUGUAGUGAAGCUGUGUGUAAUGUUGAGCCUAUUUCAAGGCGUUCUAAAAUUAAUUUUUAUCAAAGUGAGGGAACCUGAUUUACACAAAGGAUAAAGUGUUAACAUAGGGAGAAAAGUUAUUCUAGUCACAUGUAUCACUUUAUGCAAUAAAUACUGUACUUCACAAUAUUACAAUUUUGUUGAAAUUAAAUAAAAAAAUUGACUCUGC